GAACACGUAUCUAGCCAUCUUACGGCCAAUCCACGACCAACGCAUGUUGCCCGCCGCUGCUCGAGUGUCAAAUAAGAUAUGAAGUUUCGCGGACGAAUAGUCGACGUUGUCUGCAUUCAACAGUUGUCAAAAAUCGUGCACACCGUUUCUAAACUAGCCAAGGAUGUCACCUUACGCAUCACUGCGGACUGCGUCUAUUUCAUUCUAAACGAAGACGCUGUGAGCGGCGGUGGGUGGCUGUGGGCUGACAUACCACAGGAAACUUUGUUUCAGGAGUACAAUAUGCAAGGUGUUUCAGAAGAGUUCAAUGAGAUAUAUCUCGACAUUGUUGCUGAUCACAUUGUCAAAGCUCUCAAGUCAGCAGCAGCUGCGAGGUCGCUAAAAGUCAAGCUGACCAAAAGACAAACUCCUUGCUUAAGUUUUGAAAUCGAACUGCCAUCACUAGUCUCAACGUCUCGCACUGUGGUCCACGAUGUGCCAGUGUCUGUGAUACCGAGGAGGCUGUGGAAUAACUAUGCUCAACCAGAUGUGGAAGAAGGAGAUAUUGUUACCCACAUGCCAUCGUUGAAAGUUAUGAAAAAUGUUGUGGACAAAAUGAAGAACCUAAGUUCAUAUGCGACGUUAACCAUCUCCAGGGAUCAUGGAAUGACUCUGUCAGUGCAGACAGACAUGGUCACUGUGACUACACAUUUCAGAGGACUGCAGUUCCCUCUCUCUAGUGAUGGAACCAUUACUCAUGAUGGUUCUUAUGAAGCUCGCAUUGACCUGCGAAAAUUGGUACCGGUACUUUUGGCACAGCAGUUGAAUCCGAGACAGGUUACGUGCAAAAUAGCUCACAAGAAGUUGUGCCACAUUACUUUCAACCACGACCACGGCUCAUUGCAGUAUUUACUACCGUGUGUUUAUGGUUAGGCAAAGUGGGAACAUGCAGCUUUUUUCUGGCUUUUUGCAACAGUUGUGGACGGUUGUGGACACUCUGCAAUGUGGUGAUGCCCUGUGUGAUGGCUCUAUUAUAUAAUAAGCACAGUUAUACUGAGCCCUGGCUAAAAAAUACUACAAUUAUUACUUUGAAUACAAAGUCAUUCCUAUUUAUUGUCAUGCAUUAAAGCUGAAGUUGAUGAUGAGUGCAGUUGGGUUUUCAAGUAACUGAAUAUGAAUGUGGGUGUGUUGAAGCUGGGUUUAUAAGAUUAUUGCUUGCAUGAUUGUUGACCAAAGAUACAUGCAACUUUUAAGAGAAAAUGGGAAGUGCAUCUCUGCUGUGUUUGUCUUCGGGUUUUAGAAGACGGUUGACGCAAAGGCAGUUCUUGUCUCUUACGCGAGGCAUCUCUUGUAUGCAGUCUACCACAUUCUUAUUCUCUUAUAUUCAAGUGCAUGCACACUUGUCUCUUGCAUGAAUGUUUGUUAUAUAUAAAGGGGCUCAACUGCUGUUGCCAUUAAAUACAUGUUCUUGC